CCUUAUAGGGUAGUCGGCAAUGCAUACAACAAAUGCCUUGUUGAAGGAGAAAUAUUUUAAUAGGCAUCUACUUUGGUUAAAUACCAAUAAGAAGUACAAGGGAUCCUUCCAACUACAACAAAUCAUGAAGUCCUUAAAAUUCUGCAUCUCUCUUCUUGUCCUUCAAGCUCUCUUCAACAUUUUCCCUACGAUCGAGGCAGUUCCAGCAUUCUGCCCUGGGGUUUUCAGAGAAUACAUUGGAGCUGAGGGCAAGAAUGUCACAUUCUCUGAUGUCCCAAUUAAUCCAAAUAUUGAGUUUCACUUCCUCCUAUCCUUCGCUAUAGACUACACGAACACAAAAUCACCAGAACCCACUAAUGGUGACUUCCUGGUUUAUUGGGACACUGAUAACCUCACCCCUUCUCAUAUUUCUUCCAUCAAGGCUAAGCAUAAGAACGUUAAGGUAGGAAUGAGUCUCGGUGGUGAUACAGUGAAUGGUAAAAAUGCCACCUUCACUCCUACUUCAAUUACUUCUUGGGUGAGAAAUGCAAUAUAUUCAAUCACCAAGAUAGUGAAAGAGUAUAACCUGGACGCAAUAGAUAUAGAUUAUGAACACUUCAAUGCAGAUCCAGAUACAUUCGCCGAGUGCAUUGGGAGACUGUUGUACUAUCUUAAACAGAACAAUGUCGUCACUUACACAUCAAUAGCCCCAUAUGCAGAUGAUUCAGUGCAGGUGCACUAUUUAGCACUCUGGAGAAAGUACGGUCAUCUAAUAGACUAUGUCAACUUCCAAUUUUAUGCCUAUGAAAAGGGCACAACCAUUCCUCAGUUCCUACACUACUUUGAAACUCAGAUGUAUAACUAUAAAGGAGGCAAGAUUCUAGUUAGCUUUGGAACUGACAACAGUGGUGGCUUGUCUCCUAGACAUGGAUUCUUUGAUGCAUGCAGCAUACUAAAGAGUCAGGGAACACUUCAUGGUAUCUUUAUUUGGUCUGCAGAUGACUCUAUAAAAGAUCAUUUUCUAUAUGAAAAGUUGUCACAGAACCUCUUAGCAAGUGCAACCGUUUAAGAUAAUCCUUUGUAGGCCAUGUUCCGUGUUUGAAGUAGUUCGCUUACUGUGGUCUUAACAUCAAAAAUCCAGAUUUACAAUUUCUAAAGGUGCUAAAAACUUAGUCUUUGCAUAAGUAUUGAGUAAUAUAAUUUGUUUAAUGCAUUCCAUGACAGACCAGAUAUAGGACAAAUGCAAGGAAAUAUGAUAAUCAUAGGACAUGAAAUGUACUCAUGGAAUUAGUGAGGUGCACAACCCAAACAAUUCCAUUAGAUUUGUGUAAAAGUGAUGAAACAUAGGCGCUUCACGUGUGUAUUUCAUUUUUUAAAAAUUAAUUUUAUU